AAGUCAGGAACUAUCGCGGCCGCGUGGCACCCGGCGCCGCGCCGCCAGUCUUGCCGAUCCCGAGCGCUCUCGCGGUUCCGGCCGAUCGACUCCGCGGUGAGACCGCGCCACCCCUCGUUCGCCAGCGAGCACCCCGCCGAUCUCGCGCCCGUGCCGAUGUCGUCGCGCGCCCGCGCGUCCUCCCGCUCGCGCGGGUAGAUUUUCUUCUCUCUUUUUCUUUUCUUUUUUUCAUGGGACACGCGGCACCGAUCGGCGAGCGGGGAUAUAUGUAGACGGGAAAAGCGUGAGAAACGCGCGCGCGUUACACAGUGACACGGAGAAUCCCUCGCGGCAGAAUGGAUAAAGACUCACGCCGGAAGUACACAGAAAUGCUAUGUGGUCUGCUCCACCUGCUGCUGAUAGUGGGGGGUGCAACAGGUUUGAAAGAUCUGAAGAUAAACGUACCGCCCAUGGUGAGAUCAGGCGAUACCGUAACACUGACAUGCAAUUACGAUCUGGAAGGCUUACCUUUGUACAGCAUACAAUGGCUUUUCAAUGAUCAAGAAUUUUAUCGCUUCCUCCCCGACCGCAAAUCAUCGCCGCCGUACAGCACUUUCAACGUGUCUGGUAUAGAAGUUAAUGUCUCCAAAUCGAACUCGCACGACGUAACAUUGGUCAACGUGUCCAGGAACCUUACCGGGAUAUACAAGUGCGAGGUGUCAGCGGGCAGCCCAUCCUACCACACGCUGAUCGAAAAGGACAAGAUGGAAGUAGUCGACGCCCCAAAAACGGAUCCUGUGAUUCGUACCGAGAAGGAGCGCAUAGCAAUGGGCGAGACGCUACGGGUGAACUGCACCUCAGGCAAAUCCCGGCCCGCCCCCAGGAUUCAGUGGAAGCUCAACGGAAAUACCGAGGAGAAGCUGUUCCAUGAACGGAAUUACACUACGACUCAUGAAGACGGGACACAAUCCACGGUCUCGCUGAUCGAGUUUAAAGUGAUAAGAAGUAUGUUCCACAAGGGCUACUUACAGUUACGUUGCACGGCCUCCAUUGGAGAAGUCUAUCGUAAAUCGGCGGACGUCGAAGUCUCCGAGGACGCGCCGCGUAUCGCAUCGAUCACCGGAGAAUCACCGCCAUACGGUCACCGAGCGAACGGAUGCGCCGGACAGAAUUGGCCCUGGAAUGGUAAUCGCGGCGCGGCGAUAACAAUGGCUAUCGUGGCGGCCACCCUGUUCCUGAUGAUGACAUCGCUGACGAUGACGGUGCCGCCGAUAACGAAUGUACUGCCGAGGUGCGAGCCGACGGUUAGCAGGUAGCUCGCGGGCACCCACCACGAAGAUAUCGCUACCACUGUCUGAUCCGAUUACGUCGUCCAUGUAAAACCUAGUAGUCUAGGGCUUCCAGUUAUAUAUGUUACUAUGUAUAGAAUAGAUAGUCGAAUAACGAUGAUUUUUAUUCUCGAGGAGCCUAUGAAACGGAAAGGAGGAAUUGGUGAAACGCUGGGGGCGGAUCGACGCGGGACUACGUGUAAUUCAUAUACCGUUACUUUUCAACAUGUUGUCUUUUUCAUGUAAAUUGUUGAUCACUAAUAAGAAAACGAAUGAAAAGUAGAUGAGCGUCCGUUGAGAAUUGAGACGUAGGCGGGAAUAAUGGCCGCUCGAGGGCGACGAGGUGACCGUGAGAUUAUUGCGAACCCGAUGGGAUCGGCUUCGCGAGCGAUCGGGAUUAGAAGGUAAUGCAAAAAUGCUUCAGUGACGAGGGAGCGGAGAGGAAGACGACGGCGAUUACGAUUUCCGUUACGUUCUGAUAUUCAUUUUCCGACAGAGCACACGACGAGGGCUAUAAACGCGAUAUUUAUUAGUGACCGGAGUGUUCACCAAGUGUCAAAUAUAGAUUAUACAGGGGUAACUACAUGAUAACUGAUAUAAUAAUGUUAGCGCAGUAACGAGCGGCGUUCUGCUCAAUAUUCGCUCCUUUUAUGAUGUCUAACGGAAGAUGCAUCAUAGGUACCGAUUUGUAAUCUGUACAAAUUGUAAUAAAUUAUAAUACGAACCGUAAA